AUGGAAAGUGUGUUUUCUCUCAUGAGACAGAGUCUUGAACCAGAUCGAAUUUACAUUAAUAUUCCUAUUGGAUCAAUGAAGAGAUUUCCAGAGAGAUCAUAUGAGGAGAUUAACAUACCAUUUGAGCUUACGAAUCUCGCACCUUUAGUCUAUAUAAAUCGUUGUGUAGAUGAUGGUCCAGCUACGAAAUUACUCGGACCUUUACGAUUAGAAAACAAUGCGUCUACAUUGAUUAUCACACUAGAUGAUGAUUUUCAAUACCCUCAAGAACUCGUAGCGUCUUUAGCAUGGGAAGCUCUAAUAAAGCCGAAUGAUGUAUUAGGUGUAUGUGGAUGGGGAAUGAUUCCAAUGUGGCAUCAAGUGGGUGUAGUACCGGCAUACGUGCCGUACUUUAUGCGUCCUAAUGGUCGCUAUGUGGACAUUUUACAGGCAUGCUGUGGUAAUGCCUAUCGAAGAGGAUUUUUUACGGAUGUGGAAGCUCUUGCAGAAAUUCCACCGAUUUGUGUGACGGUCGACGAUGUUUGGAUUGCUGGGUACUUGCGGACGGUGGAGCACAAACGUAGUGCCGUGAUCAGCAAGAGAUUGGAUCCUUUGGAUGCAGCAUGGAAAAAGAAGGAAGCACAAUCGUCUGAACGACAAAUGACUUUGUCCAGCUAUAACCAUGAACAUCAGAUACAUUACAAGUGUGUACAGGCGCUUGAGCAUAAGUUUCAGCGACGGUGGACGCGCAACUUUGAAGAAUCGACACAUUCAUAG